AAUAUGUGAUAGCCAUCCUGGAUCUGUACAGUUUUAUCCAGCGUCUUCAGUGAUAUACAUCAGCAGUAACGUGACGAUUUUGUAAUAAAAAUGUCCAGUUAUUUCGUCUUUGGUUUGUUAACCAUCGCCGUCAUCGCUUUCAGCGAAGCAGCCCCCUACGGUGGACAGGAUGAUCAUUCGAUUGACGGAGGUCAUCAAGACCACGCGAUUCAUGAGAGCAAAGACCGCGACGAAUCCUUGAGCAGUUACAAGGAAGAUCACGAGGAGCCCGAAAUCCAUAAAAACAAAGAUAACGAACGCUUCUCGGACCACGAGAGCAAAGGCCAGGAAGAAUAUCAAGGCCACAAAAGCGAAGAUCACGAAGAGUCCGAAGGCCAGAAAGAAUAUGAAGGCCACAAAGGCGAAGAUCACGAAGAGUCCGAAGGCCAGAAAGAAUAUGAAGGCCACAAAAGCGAAGAUCACGAAGAGUCCGAAGGCCAGAAAGAAUACGAAGGCCACAAAAGCGAAGAUCACGAAGACUUCGAAGGCCAGAAAGAAUACGAAGGCCACAAAAGCGACGAUCACGAAGAGUCCGAAGGCCACGAGAACAAAGACCACAAAGAACAUGAAGACCACGAAGGCGAAUAUACAGAGCAUAUCAAACACGGCGAUGGCUUCUCGGCUGUUUCCGAUCACAUUCACGGUGGAAUCGCAUCUCCGCUUUUGUAGUCGCUUACUGUUCCCCACUCCCCGACUGAAGUUCAUCUAUGAAGCACAGCGCCCUCUGAAUAGGACCGCACAGCCAACGAAACGGUUCUUUAAUUUCUUUUACAAAAGAACCGAACUAAUUCCCAUUUAAACGCACAAUUUUUCAUGUAAAACGUUUGCAUGAAAAAUUAUGUCGAAAACAACGGACGUGUUAACAAAAUAUCGACACGCAAGCAUUUCUCCAACCGAUGUAAACAACGUGUAUGAGGCUGGCCCUAAUGAGAGGUUUGCGAUUUUUUUUCGUGGCUUCAGCCCUUCGGACAAUAGCGGCCCUAUUGAGAGAGUGAACUGUAGUACCAAAGGAUGGGGGCUGUGGAGGAGUGAGUGGUUCAAGACGUCUCAAGAAUCGAAACAAAACGCUGCUGGCAACAGCCGAUCUUGAUCACGAUAACUAUAUAAAAUAAAAUACUCGGAGAUAAUAAUAACCACGAUGAUUAUUAUCAAUUUUGUGUUUUUUCUCUGUACUUUUGGUAUAUAAAAAUGAAUUAAUAAACUAAGUUACGAAC